UCCCAUAUUCUCCAACCAUAUAAUAACCUUCACCACAUUUCUCUCUCGCAUUCAAUUAAUUCAACAUACACGUCAUGAACGGUGUUUCUCCUCUAGAGGCCCAAGCCUUCAACUACCUGAGCUUCGGUUUCCUCACCCUCCUCAACAAUUUCUGGACAUGGCUCGCCUUCACUUUCUGGAGGACCCGAGCCCCCACCUCCGAGUUGCUGCCACCACCCGAUGACCCGGUUCGCGACGAGUCGGAUCCUGUUGCCGUGACCGGGCCAAGUCCAACUGUGGUUGACGUUGACGGUGCGAGGAAGGGGAAAUUUACCUUGUAUUACGAGGAUGAGUCUGAGAGGGAAUGCGAGAGCCACCAGGAGACGACGGCGCUAACGGAGAGAGACGGAAGAGGCCUGAAGUGGUGGGAGAGUUGGGAAGAGUUGUUGAAAAUAAGACGAGGAGAAGACCAGAACGGAUGGUACACGUGCCAGGAUUUAACGGUGCUUAACGGCAGCGUUGUUAGGUUAUGGGAUGGUGGCUUCGGCUUUGGUACCUCACCACAGAACCCAGGGACACUACAAGAUGUGUUCUUGUAUGGUAAAUUAUAUAAUAGCAUAUCUACCAAUAUUUAUUAGCUUAAGACUGUUAGAUUAUAUAUUAUUCAGAAUAUGUGUAUAUGGUAAUUUGCUAGUAGUACUUGUUUGGAUGAUGAUAAUUAAUGAUCAUCGUGUAUGAUAAUUUGAAACGCAAAUGAUCAAAGCAAUCUUAAUUUGCGUACUUUUUUUUUUUUU